AUGUUGGAUGAUGAAGAUGACCAAAGCUUUCACGCUACGCGUGACGGCUACUCCCAUUUGAGCGAUGUCGAAUGGGAUGCGAUUAAACGAAUGGGUUCAACCAUGGGCAUCCAUGCUGUUAGCGUCAUGCUAGAGGCUCUCAAUAGAGAUGCCCAACAUGCUACUAUCGCCAAGUUCAUUCAAAAUGAACUUGACGCUGAACGCGAGAAAGUAGCCUUGCUUCACCAACAAGUUUCUCGACAAGCAGAGUUGUUGAGAGAACAGGGUGCUCAACAGUUUGAACUGUUGAGACAGCAGCAGGCUGCUGCUGGUGGGUCGAUGCACUCGCGUCGACCCGAAACCUUGAAGAUUGACAUCUCCAAGUAUAGGGGAGUCGAAGAAGACUCCCUCGAGAGAUGGUUCGUCGAAUUGGAUGACGCCAUAAGGGCGCGUCGCAUCGACGAUGGGGAUAUGCAAGUUGCAUUUGCUCAGUCAAAUCUGGCAGGACGUGCCAAGACUUGGGCUUUGGGGCUCAAGUUGCAUAUGCGUUUGGGUCGUUGGAAGUCUUCAAGUCGCGGCUCAGACAAACGUUUGAACCGCCUAGAGCUGAUUUCAGAGCUGGAACCGAACUCUUGA